CAGUUCCAAAAGAUCGAUGCUUUUAGAACGCUUCUGGACUCCAGCACCAAAUGCAUCUACACCGUUGGAUGCGUCCGCUUCUUUGGAAAAAAACAAAUAAUUAAUAAACAACGAUCUUACAGGUGGGUAUCGUCUUCUUCCCCAAAUCUAAACCCUAAUUACCAUGGAUGCCGGCGGCGGCUGUGGAAGAUCGGAGAACCUCGUCAAAUUAGCGCAGCUACUGAGACAUUAUAGGCCUAAUUACGGUUCGGGUUCGGAUUCGGUGGAAGACGGCAUUGAAUCUAAAGAUGUCAAGACAAGCAGAGCUGCGGUUUUGAUCUGUUUGUUCGAAGAUGAGAACGGCGAUCUUCGCGUAAUUCUCACUAAACGAUCCUCCACUCUUUCCUCUCAUUCCGGAGAAGUUGCGUUGCCGGGAGGAAAAAGAGACGACGGUGAUGCCAGUGACGUUGAGACCGCUCUAAGAGAGGCUAAGGAAGAAAUCGGAUUGGACUCCACCAUUGUUGAGGUUGUCACUGUCCUCGAACCCUUCCACACUAAGAGAAACAUUACGGUGGUUCCGGUAGUAGGAAUCCUUUUUGACAGGAAGGCUUUCAAACCAAUCAUAAACGCCGAUGAGGUUGAAUCAAUCUUCGAUGCUCCUCUAGAAAUGUUUCUCAAAGAUGAGAACAGGCGACAGGAGGAGCGGGAAUGGAUGGGAUAUAAAUACCUGCUGCAUUUCUUCGAUCAUCAAGCCGAGAAUACUUCUUACAUCAUAUGGGCUCUCACUGCCGCGAUUUUAAUCAAGGCUGCUUCCGUUGUGUACCAACGAUCCCCUGCUUUCGAGGAAUGCUUCCCUGAGUUCUGGAGUCGACGUGCGCGAUGAAAUUUUUACUAUAUGAGAAGAAGAUAUGUAAUAUGUUGCAAGGGGACGCGAUUUCUGUCCAGAACUCAUGCAAUUCAUCUUAAAUUUAUCACGGCUAUAAAUGUUACUUGAAUCGAGGGAUUGAGGUUUUGAUCGUCUAAACAUGUUAGAGGUGAUACUUCUUGAUGGCAUUGUCGAUGGUUGGGCGCAGGGAGUCAAACAGGUGCUUGUAGGUUUCUUGUGUCGGGUGCACAGAGUCGAAGAACACAUACUUUGAGGGAUUAAGACAGACAGGCGUUACCGGAUUACACAGUAUGGAUGCUUCGACCAAUCCAGUCCCACAGCAACCAGCGUUUGCGGAAUCAAACCCUGCCAGAUUAACAGGUUUGUAUGUUGAAUCGCAUUGAAUGUCUGAUCUUUUUUAUCUUUAUCAAUAUGAAUCGAUUGAACUUACCGAACCGGGAGGCUUGUUGGAUUAGGUCAUUGAGCGAUGUGUAUAUAUCUGCGUAUAUCAGUACAGAUGCAGCGGCGUUUUGCAGAGAUGCCAACAUGUUCCGAAGCUUGAGAUUGUAAUCCGUGGCAAUGGUGGAAAGAGCUCCAUUGCAAUGCCGGUUGCCUAAGAAGUCGAUGUUGGUAAACGUUAUUACGAGGGGUAAGCAGCCGAUCGGCGGCAGGCUUACCACUGCUAUAAACCGGGCUCCCUCGUCGCUCAACUCCUGCAAAUUCGAGCAUAAGAUUUUUCUAUUCUCAUAUUCGAAAAUUUUAUGAAUUUUCGCAGUUUAUUUGUAGCAAUUAUAGAAGAAUUUUGGGCGGGUACCUGAAUGAGGCGGCGCGUGUUUUGCAGCAAGAAGUUGAGGUAGGCGGCGACGUUGUAGGUUUGGCGACGGACCGGGUAGCCGAAGACUAAGUCAUUGGUGCCGGCGCUGACGACAAAGACUGCCUUGUUGAUGUGAGCUUGGGCUCUUUUUUUGCCCACGGCGGCUGCCACCUUUUGUUUGUACUCUUUGAAAUAUUCGACUUGUUUUUCUAUAGGAAUCACGUUCUGCAUGCAUGCAUGUUUCGAACACUAACACGUUACAUGCAUUAUUGUACAUAUCUGUGAUUAUUAAAAAUAUAAUGGAUAAAAUUGAAUUGAAUACUGCUAAA